UACAACAGAAUAUUGUCCUCUCUGUCUCUCUCUCCCUCCCUCUCAAAGUUGGAAGAGGACUUCAAUGGCUGAAGAUAGCUUUGAAGAAGGAAUGCUGUGGCUUCCCUCGCACGUUCUUGACGAUGAAGCAGGCGAUUCACAGAACUUGAGAAAACAGAGGCAACCAGAAGAUUAUCGUCGUCUAACCUCAAUCCCGGCGCCGCUUCAACCGUCACCGAGCUUGAAACUCCGCCAUAGAGGCAGACAACCCAUAAAAAACUGGGCAGUGGGUGGACCUGGAAUGCAAGCUAUUUUUCUGGAUUCCGGCCGAAAACCAUCUUCCGGCACCGGGGUUUUUCUUCCCAGGAGAGACGGCGCCGACUUCAGCAAAAGACCAUCUUGCUCUCCCAUUCUCCUCCCUUCCCGCGUCGUCCAGGCUCUCCAUCUCAACGUCCACGAACUCCAACUGCAAUUCAAAUCCGCGCGAGAUACAAUGAAUGAUGCACAAACUACAGCUUGCAGCGGCAAAAGCAAUAAAAGGGCAAAGGAUGCAUCAGCCCAACGCUGUGUCAUCUCACAAAGCCGCAGUACUACUCCAGAAAUAUUUCUUCCAAAAGAAUGGACUUACUAGACAAUGAAAUGCAAGCUAUAUAUUAAUCUUAUCAUAUAUAUAUAUAUAGACAUAAUAUCCAGUCAUGUUGACGUUAAUUUCUGCUUUUUAUCAUAUGUUCUGAUAAGUUAAUAAUUUAUUUAAUAGGGUGUAAUUUAAAUAAUUACAGCAUUGACAUGAUAAUAUCAGCAGGGUAAACGUGUACCAUAAGGCUGCCAUCUUUUAUUUACGUUGUAUUGUUUGAAUUCUAUAUUGAAACCAAUAAUCU